AUGUUAGCCGGAGCAUUACUCAUUGGGAAUACUGGCUCUGCUAAUGGACCAGUCAUUUUGAGGUUGUUUACCUAUGGAGGACUGAUGGUGCUGCGGCACUUGCCCCCUCCAAACAUGCUUGCUCUGAGGCAGAAGCAGAGCGGGAGAGAGGGCGGAAAGAUUCAUUGUCCACCAAAGGGGACCAAUAUGGGGCAUCAGACCGGGCGCCCGCCACAACAGGAGCAGGCUCUAAACAUAAGGGAGAAGAUUUCUCAGUGGGAGGGACCUCCUCCAUCGAGCACGGAGGAAGACGACGAAAUGCCAGCGGGGAAUUUUUACACCUCUCGAGGAUUUUGGAGAAAACUGGAAGGGGAUAGGUUGACGUGGGAGAAGGGAAAAGAAUCCACAGGUGAGACUCGGGCUCCUCCUAAACCCCUGCGCACAUUCCUCUAUGAUGGACCCAAAGACAGCAACAGGGCGCGUGCACAAACUGGUCCCUGCCGACUGGCCAAUCAGAGAGGCAGCAGAAAGCUACGCCCACCGGACUUUCCACCCCCUCCCUGUCCCGUGCUGAACACCAAUGGGAUCUACAGACACAAAAAAAACAGGAAGUCUUUUGAGUAUGAGGAUGCCGAGCGGCUCACAGCCAAGCAGGGCACCCAAAGAGGAGAGGCCAGGAACUCCAGCCUUUAUCACGCCUACUCCGACGACAACAUUUAUGAGGACAUUGUCUGUGAGCCUUAUGAGGACAUAAAAGUAUCCCCCAUGUGUCUUCCUAUCGGCAGGUCUCAAACAUCAAAGCUUGGAUCCAAACCCUACACUCUGCAAGCCAAUUCUAAACUGGAGAAGAGGCGACUGUCUGCUCCACCGCCGUCCAAGGCAUUGACCCUCUCAGACGGCCUGAAACCGCCUCGCCGCAGCAGCACACAGAAGAACACGCCUCAGUAUGUCAACAAAAUCGAGACCAUAUUUGAUGAGAGGAGGGGCAGAAAGCGGGUGAAAAACCAGAGCGUCCUGGUUCGAGAGGAGACAAGCGGCACAGAAAGUGACCCUGAAGACGGCUCUAAAGAAGGCUCCAGGAGAUUGGUUUACAGGCAGUCUACCCUGAAGCGCCGCCCUGGGUACCGCACCCUGGAGCGAGACCUCCUCCAGCACCAGCAGCAGAAGCUCUUCCAGAUCUUUGUGGUGGUGUCGCUCCGAAAGGGUCCCCACGACAACUCUUACACCCCUGAAAUCACACAACAGUUCCCCAAGAUGUUCGACACAGCAUCAAGGAUGUCUAAAGAGGCUGAGGACCAACUCAAGGUUAUUCCUAAAUUCUGUUUCCCGGACGCUCAGGACUGGAAACCAGCCGCACACAUGCCAAGUGAGACCUUCUCGUUUGUUCUGACCGGAGAAGACGGCAGCCGCUGGUUCUGUUACUGCCGGAAGAUUUUGCCUAGUGGGAAAGGCAAGAGGCUGCCUGAGGUCCACUGUAUUGUCAGCAAGCUGGGCUGUUUCAACCUAUUUGCCAAGAUUCUAGAGGAGGUGGAGAGACGCAGAGAGAUGUCGAACGCCCUGGUUUACCCCUUCAUGCUGAGUGUGAUGGAGGCUCCGUUUCCGGCUCCUGGAAGAACUGUGAGCGUGAAGAGCUUCCUCCCUGGCACGGGGAACGAGGUGCUGACUCUGACCCGGCCGGUGGACUCCAGACUGGAGCACGUAGACUUUGACAGCCUCCUCCAGUGUCUCAGCGUGGGCCGACUGCUGCAGGUGUUUGCCUCACUGCUGCUGGAGAGGAGAGUCAUCUUCAUUGCAGAUAAACUCAGCGUCCUCUCUCGCUGCUCCCACGCCGUGCUCGCGCUACUCUACCCCUUCACCUGGCAGCACACGUUCGUUCCCGUCUUACCUGCAAGUAUGUUGGACAUCAGCUGCUCUCCUACUCCCUUUCUCAUCGGAGUGCUGUCCCCCUGUCUGCCAGAGCUGCUGGAGCUGCCCAUCGAAGAGGUGCUGAUUGUGGAUCUGUGCUCCAACAAGUUUGUGGCUCAGAUCGGCGAUGAAGACUGCAUCCUGCCCAGCAAACUCCAGGCGGCGCUACAGCAGGUCCUGGAGGAGAGGGAAGCCAUUCUGAGGCAGGACAGUCAUGAAGAGCCGGAGGUGGAUCUGAGCUGCCUGGUGUCCGAGGCCUUUGUGCGUUUCUUUGUGGAGCUGGUGGGACACUACCCUCUGCACAUGGUGGAGUCGUCCAGCGGCAAAGAACUUCACAGAGAGAACUUCAGGAAGUCCCACCCGUCUCGCGGAGUGAGGCAGCUCCUGCAACUCUUUAUGGAGACGCAGAUGUUUGCCGGCUUCAUCCAGGACAAGGAGAUGCGGAAAGGAGCCGAACGAGGUCUUUUUGAGAUGCGGGUGAUGGAGUACCUGGAGUCGUACCCAGAGUCUGCGCCCAGUGGAGUGAACAAGUUCUUCAAAGGACUGGGAAACAAGAUGAAGCUCUUGCAGAUUAAAUGA